UGUUGUAAAUCGUGGUCUAGCCUGAUUGGAUCAAGGGCAUAUAUGUUGACAUGUCCGCGGGCCGUGUAGUCCUUAAAGGUAAACCUCGCCGUGCGCGCCAAUGGGCUCUUCAGGCGAACAAAAACUACAAGUUGUAGGAAGCAGGGGCGGAGUCGGAGACCCAGCUGUGAUGACGCUGGAUAUGCCGCUUUGUUUUGGAGGCGGUACCUGUGGCGACAGAAACAGAAUGAGGCACGAGGAGAAAAAACGCAAGUGGCCCCCUAAAGUGACAGCUCAUCCUCGUGCGCUCAUUACGGUCUCACUCACUCAUGUCUCAAUGCCAAGCUGCCGUUUUGGCACGAGUAUGUGAGGAAGACCACUCGUACGCAUGUAACUUGUGAGAGUGUUGCUAAAGUAUUACUGAAGCAUUAUGUUGUCCCUUUGCUGGGGGUGAGAACCAGAGUUAAGGCAAAGUGGAAGUGAAAAGCAGGGGGGACUUGGAAACGAGAAGUUUUGUGUUUACUACGACAUGUCCGGAAACAUCUGUUGGACAUGGACAACGUCGUUGCUGCACCUUCUUUAUUUUGGACUACUGCAUGCUAAGUUGACUGGCGUCCUGGACGACUGCUUCUGUGACGUCGAGAGCAUCGAUGUCUUCAACAACUUCAAGGUCUACCCCCUCAUAAGGAAGCUCACCGCCCGUGACUUCUUCAGGUACUACAAGGUGAAUCUGAAGCGGCCGUGUCCUUUCUGGGUGGACGAAGGCCACUGUGCCAUCAAAGACUGCCAUGUGGAGCCUUGCCCUGAGAGCAAGAUCCCAGUGGGCAUCAAGUCGGGCAACUACAACAAGUACUCCAAGGCGGUCAACACAGACCUGUCGGACCUGACAGAGUGCGAACAGGCCCAGAACCUGGGAGCCAUCAACAGCACACUCAGCAACCAGAGUAAAGAGGCGUUUGCGGACUGGGCUCGCCAUGACGAUGCUCAAGACCACUUCUGUGAGCUUGACGAUGAGACCUCUCCUGAUGCUGAGUAUGUGGACUUGAUGUUGAAUCCUGAGCGCUAUACCGGCUACAAGGGGCCCUCAGCAUGGAGAGUGUGGAACAGCAUCUAUGAGGAGAACUGCUUCAAGCCCAGAUCAGUGUACCGGCCUUUAAACCCCUUGGCCCCCGUCCGAGCUCUGGGCCUUGUGCCAGGAGAUGACGAUGGUGAGGCCUUUUACAACUGGCUGGAAGGCCUGUGUCUGGAGAAGAGGGUGUUCUACCGCCUCAUCUCAGGCCUUCACAGCAGCAUCAACAUCCACCUGUGUGCAGAAUACCUGCUGGAGGAGGGCUGGGGGAAGACGGUGUGGGGCCCUAACAUGCAGGAGUUCCGUCGCCGGUUCGACCCGGCGGAGGCCAAGGGGGAGGGCACUCGCCGCCUCAAGAACCUCUACUUCCUCUACCUCAUCGAGCUGCGCGCACUCUCAAAGGUGGCGCCCUACUUUGACCGGGCCUUUGUGAACCUGUACACCGGCAACAUGCGUGAGGACACCAGCACCAAGGAGCUGCUCCUGCAGAUUCUCAACGAGACCAAAGCGUUCCCCAUGCACUUUGAUGAGUCGUCCAUGUUCGCUGGACACAAAAUAGAGGCCAAAACCCUGAAGGAGGAGUUCAGACUGCACUUUAAGAACAUCUCGCGCAUCAUGGACUGCGUGGGCUGCAGUAAAUGUCGACUAUGGGGGAAGCUGCAGACGCAGGGUCUGGGCACGGCGUUGAAGAUCCUCUUCUCGGAGAAGGAGAUCAAGAACCUUCCGGAGAACACGCCCUCCAAGGGCUUCCAGCUGACCCGGCAGGAGAUAGUCGCCCUGCUCAACGGCUUCAGCAGGUUGGCCACAAGUAUUAAAGAGUUGCAUAACUUCAGAACUCUGCUGGAGGAGCACAGGUAGCACAUAGUCCCAUUUGACCACCAGGUGGCGACGUUUCCCCAUUUUCCCAGUCAACAUCCUCCUUUCUGUCAAGCCACACACACACACACACACACACACACACACACACACACACACACACACACACACACACACACACACACACACACACACACACACACACAACACUGCAGUCUCAUUAGACCUCAACAUCAGCGUUUCAUCUCCCAGCUACAAUCCUCCAUUACUGUUGGCAACCAAUUUAUCAGGCCCUGACUCCACACAAUACAUGCAGACGAUUAAAAGA